AUGUCGAAAACAGGAAAAUUUGUCAACACGCAGCCGCGAAUUAAAACAAGUAAGUCAGACAUGUUGCCGAUAACAAGUACAUUUGCGCCGAUCGACUUAACAUCCAAUAACUUACCUUUAGCUUGGAGGAAGUGGCUUACUAAGCUAAAAGUCUACCUAAGAGCCAACAAUUUAGACAAUGAAUCAGACGGUAGAAAGGUAGCGAUUCUCCUUAAUUUCAUAGGGUCGGAUGCACUCGAGAUCUAUUAUUCUUUUGACCUAGACCUGGACAACUUGUCUUUCGAUGAGCUAUGCAAUAAAUUUGACAAUUAUUUCACACCUAAGAUUAACAUUACAGUCGAGCGUCACAAACUUUUUAGUAGGAAACAGGCACCAAAUGAGUCAAUCGACGCAUAUGUCACAGAUAUAAAGAACAUCAGUCACUCUUGUGAGUUUGGAGCACUCAGGGAGGAUUUAUUAAAAGAUAUUUUCAGCUGGAACUGUAACAAUCCAUACUAUAAAGAAAGAAUUUUGAUAGAGAAACCCAAGACGCUAGAUGAUGCUGUCAAUAUAGCCAAAAGGUGUGAAGCAACCAAGCAGCAAACUAAAGCAUUGGAGGAUGCAUCACUACACUUUAUAGGAAGAGUCUCGAGAUCCCCAUCCCGUCGUGAAGCAGCAAUACCAAGGAGCACAACAAGGUACCGACGUUCAGCAUCAAAUACAUCAAGAUCAAGGAACACAUGUGAUAGGUGUGGACAAGUGCACAGGUACAAGUGUCCUGCAAAAGAUACAGGUGCAGACACAAACAUAAUAUCCAUACACAUAUUUAACACACUAAACAUGUCGCAUGAUACUAUUUGCAGAAGUCCCAAUAAACUAUCUACAUUCAGUGGAGAGGUUAUACCUCUAGUAGGUCAAUGUCAGUUGCCAAUUACGUUCAAAAAUAAAUGUUAUACAGUUAAAUUUCAUAUAGUAGACAUAAAAUGCCAAAAUAUAAUAGGCAGAGACACAUGUAGGUCAUUAAAUCUAGUAAAAAAAGUUAAUAGUGUGUCCUUCCAGAUAAACUGUCAAGACAUAGUUGAGUCAAAUGCAGACUUAUUUGAAGGGCUAGGUUGUCUUACAGAUUUUUACUGUGAGUUAACCUUGAAACCCAAUGCAACCCCGUUUAUAGAGGCGUGUAGAAGGGUACCAUUCCAACUACAACAACCACUAAAGCAAGAGCUGGAAGCCAUGGAGCAGAGUGGAGUUAUUCAAAGAGUCGAAGAGCCUACGGAAUGGGUAAGUGCAUUAGUCUUAACUUCAAAAAGGAAUGGUAAAUUACGUUUGUGUAUUGACCCUAGAAAACUUAAUCAGUCAAUAUUAAGAUCUCAUUUUCAAUUUCCAACUCUAGAUGAAAUUAAAUCAAGUCUUGCCGGAGCUCAAUAUUUCACAACAUUAGAUGCUAAUAAAGGGUAUUGGAUGUUAAAAUUAACAGAAGCUUCUUCAAAGCUAUGUACAUUUAUUACACCCUUUGGACGGUAUAGGUUCACUAGAUUACCUUUCGGUAUCAAUGCAGCUCCAGAGAUAUUUCACAGAGAAAUGGUAAAAAGAUUUGGUGAUAUUGAUGGUGUCAAAAUUAUGAUGGAUGAUUUUCUUAUUUAUGGUAGGACUAUAGAAGAGCAUAAUGAACGGUUACAAAAAGUUUUACAAAGGGCACGUCAAAUUAAUUUAAGAUUUAACAAAGAAAAAUCAGUUUUUUGUCAAGAACAAGUAAAAUAUUUAGGUCAUAUAUUCAGUAAGGCAGGAGUACAAGUCGAUAAGUCAAAAGUAGAAGCUAUUUGCAAUAUGCAGAGUCCAAAGAAUAUUACAGAGUUACAAAGAUUUCUAGGUAUGGUCAACUAUCUUGGUCCGUUUAUAAAAAAAUUGUCACAGGAAAUUAGUCAUUUAAGAGCUCUUUUGUCGAAAGAUACUGUAUGGUGUUGGUCAGAUCACCAUGAAGCCCAAUUUAAUAACAUUAAAAAGAUAAUUAGUUCUACGCCAGUCUUAACAUAUUAUGAUCCGAACAGAGAACUAAUUUUGUCUGUAGAUUCAUCAAAAGAUGCUAUGGGUGCAGUUUUGUCACAUGACAAGCAACCAAUUGCAUAUGCAUCAGCAUCACUAACAAAAUGUCAGCAAUCAUACUCACAAAUAGAAAAAGAAUUGCUUGCAGUACUUUUUGGUUGUACCAAGUACCAUCAGUACAUAUAUGGUCAGUGGGUAACAGUGGAAACCGACCACAAACCCCUUAUAACAUUAUUCAAAAAAUCAUUAUAUGAUAUACCUCCAAGAUUGCAAAGAAUUAUGUUAAGAUUGCAGCCAUAUGAUUUAAAUGUAGUAUAUAAACCAGGCAAGUACCUAUACAUUGCAGAUACACUGUCCCGAGCAGCGUUGAAUGAAACUUGUUUGUCAGAAGUAGAUCAAGACAUAGAUCUACAUAUCAAUUUAAUAAUGUCAAAUUUAACAGUCAGUCCUGAAAAGUUAAAAGAGUUACAAGAGCAUACUGUCAAAGACCAAACUUUGAGUAAAAUUAUACAAUAUUGUUUAAAUGGGUGGCCUGAGCAUAAAAGAUCAGUCAGUCAGUCAGUCAAAUGUUAUUUUAAUCUAAAAGAUCAAUUAUAUGUAAUUGAUAAUAUAGUAUUCAAGUCUAAUUGCAUUAUAAUACCCGAGUCAAUGAGAGAUUAUAUAUUACAAAUAAUUCAUUCUGGUCAUCAAGGAGUGAAUGCAUCUAUUCGUCUAGCUAAAACUACAGUUUACUGGCCAAAUAUGCAUACUGAUAUAGAAAAGUAUGUAAGUCAAUGUAAUAUUUGUCUAUCUUAUCGUAGAAAUAAUAGUAAAGAGCCUAUUAUCCAACAUGAGUAUGAAAACAUACCAUGGUACAAAGUUGGUGUAGAUAUUUUUGAGUUUGAAAGAACAAAAUACCUAAUUGUCGUAGACUAUUACUCAAAAUAUAUAGAGCUGGCCAUGUUAAAGUCAGGUUACACAGCUAGUAUAGUGAUAACACAAAUAAAGUCAAUACUGGCAAGACAUGGUAUCUGCCGGAUUUUGAUCUCGGACAACGGUCCUCCGUACAAUAGUAAGGAAUUUAGUUUAUUUACUAAGGAAUGGGAUAUAGAACAUAUAACUACAAGUCCAUAUUUAAGUAGGUCCAAUGGUCUAGUUGAAAGGUCUAUUGGAACCAUUAAAAACAUGUUAAGAAAGUGUAAAACAGAUAUGUCAGAUAUGUAUUUAGCAUUAUUACUAUACAGAAAUACCCCUAAACUAAGUCAAUACUCACCUGCUGAGUUAAGUAUGUCUAGAAAGCUACGUACAAUCAUUCCUACAGUAAAAUAUAAUUUAAAACCUAGGCUUUGUGAUGUUAAAAAGGUACAGGAAAGAAAUGAAAGACAGAAGUCUUAUUCUAAAUUUUAUUACAAUAAACAUACAAAAAUAUUAAAACCAUUAGCUAUAGGUGAAAAAGUCUUCUUCAAACACAAACCUGAAGAUAAAAAUUGGUUGCCCGGAGUGAUUUCUCAAGUAGGUCCCACACCUAGAAGCUAUAUCAUUGAUAGUGAAAAAGGUAGGUUCAGGAGAAACCGUCAGUUUAUCCUGAAACAGUCGGUGCAUACACCAAACUCUGAACAGCACACAACACAGUCUUAUCAGCACACAACACAGUCUCAGCCAGUAUCUAAAAAUGGAAACACUGUAUCAGAUCCACAAAUACAUCAGCAUUCAAAGGCACGAUCUCGAUAUGGACGUGUUUAUAAACCAGUCAACAGGUAUGGGUUUGUAACAUAA